GUGAAGCGCUGCUCCGAGCUCGGUGAGGUCACUAGUGGGUGCUGCAGACACUCGGAGAGCAAAGAAGGCAAAGACGCAGAAAGCUAGCACCGGACUGUUGACGGGGAAAGUGAAACGUUAAGAGUCCCGUACCGUAGGUUCUAUCAGUAUCACUAUUGAUUUAUUUUUUGGGAAACAACAACAACAACAACAACUGCGUAUUUAGGAUCGAAGAGUGCAGCCCAUAGUCUGAGUCGGCCUACCGGAGAAGGAAAAGAGGCUGGCAGAGAUGAAGGGAAGACACACUGCUCUCAUCUGUAUGGGAGUCCGGUCUGACUGCAGCUUUUAAGAGGGAGAUCUGCAGCUGCCUGGUACAGGCUCUCCCAGCUGACUGCGUGGCGGAGCAGUUUUGGCCGAGGCAGUUCUCACCCACCAGGGGAAUAAGGGAGAAGCCGAGACGACUGGAAUACCUUCUGGACCAGGAGCGAUGGGGAGGCUGGAUGAACCAAGUUGGCAGAUGUCCUUUUCUUUGCUCGUGCUUCUGUCCCUCCACACCAAGGCCAACCUGCUGGAUAAAGCACUGCUGAGGAAUUCUGGGAAGUUGACCAUGGAUGGCAGGAAGGAGGACAGUGAGGGGAAGAUGCCCAUGGUGCCCCAGAAGGCCUUGUGGUGCCACUGCCAGAAUCACUGCCCAGAGGAAUCCACAAACAACACCUGCAAGACGGAUGGCCACUGUUUCACUAUGGUGGAAGAGGACACCAGUGGGGUUUCAUCUAUGACUUCUGGAUGCUUGGCAAAGGAUGGCUCAGACUUUCAGUGCCGGGACACCCCAAAUUCCCGCCUGAGAAGAUCAAUCGAGUGUUGCUCUGACAAAGACUUCUGCAAUAAAGACCUUCAUCCCACCCUGCCGCCUCUGAAGACAAAUUAUGCUGAUGGGAGUAUUCACCAUAUGGCCUUGAUGAUCUCAGUGACGGUGUGCAGCAUCAUCCUGGUGAUCGUCAUCAUUCUCUGCUACUUCAGGUAUAAGAGGCAGGAAUCCAGGCCUCGGUACAGCAUUGGGCUGGAACAGGAUGAGACAUACAUUCCUGCUGGGGAAUCCCUGAAGGACCUCAUCGAGCAAUCUCAGAGCUCGGGCAGCGGCUCAGGGCUCCCUCUGCUGGUGCAAAGGACCAUCGCCAAGCAGAUCCAGAUGGUAAAGCAGAUCGGGAAGGGGCGCUACGGAGAGGUGUGGAUGGGGAAGUGGCGAGCGGAGAAGGUGGCAGUGAAGGUGUUCUUCACCACUGAAGAGGCCAGCUGGUUCCGAGAGACCGAGAUCUACCAGACUGUGCUUAUGAGGCACGAAAACAUUUUAGGUUUCAUCGCAGCGGACAUCAAAGGCACUGGCUCCUGGACGCAGCUUUACCUGAUCACAGAUUACCACGAGAAUGGCUCCCUGUACGAUUAUCUGAAGUCCACCACUUUGGACACGAAAGCGAUGCUGAGGCUUGCGUACUCGUCUGUCAGCGGCCUCUGCCACCUGCACACAGAGAUUUUCGGCACCCAAGGAAAGCCCGCCAUCGCACACCGGGAUCUGAAAAGCAAAAACAUCCUGGUGAAGAAAAAUGGAGCCUGCUGCAUAGCUGACCUGGGGCUGGCUGUGAAAUUUAUAAGUGAUACCAACGAAGUGGACAUCCCUCCAAACACCAGAGUGGGCACCAAGCGCUACAUGCCACCAGAGGUGCUGGAUGAAAGCCUGAACCGGAACCACUUCCAGUCCUACAUCAUGGCAGACAUGUACAGCUUUGGCCUCAUCCUGUGGGAGAUUGCAAGGCGGUGUGUCUCAGGAGGUAUAGUGGAAGAAUACCAGUUACCCUAUCAUGACCUGGUGCCCACUGACCCCUCAUAUGAAGACAUGAGAGAGGUCGUGUGCAUCAAGCGCCUGAGACCGUCCUUUCCCAACCGAUGGAGCAGUGACGAGUGCUUGCGACAGAUGGGGAAGCUGAUGUCAGAGUGUUGGGCCCAGAACCCGGCGUCGCGCCUCACCGCCCUGCGAGUGAAAAAGACUCUCGCUAAGAUGUCCGAGUCGCAGGACAUCAAGCUCUGAUCAGACGGUUGUGACCGUGAGAGGAAAGGCCUGUGUGAAACGGUUGCUUUCCCCACCAUCACAAACCCACCUUCAACGGGCCUGGCCAGGAACCAGGGAGGCCAGAGUCCUUCUGCAGCUGGGCUGCGCAUCAGAGAUCAGGCUGGUGUGGACACUUGGGAGUGCUGCUUUUUAGAAGAAAAACAAUAAAAAAUAAAAACAAAACAUUGUACCUGUGGGUGAUACCAACACCCAGAUACAUUUGCUUGAAAGCCACAGAAACAUAGACGUUGAGUGAUCAUUGAAAUUUGCUUUCCAUGAAAGCCUUUUUAACCAUCUGAUCAGCUGGAAGCUUCUGGGCAUAUGGUAUAUAUCUGGAUUGCUGGUGCCUGCUGGGUGAACAGAGACACCACUGUGCCUGGAGAAGCAGAAAUGUAUUUUAUUUUUUGCUCAUCCUCAAAAUCAGAUGGGAUCCUGAGAAGGAAUAUAUCUACAGUUUUGACAAUCUGCAGCCAUAGCACAGUGUUUGGGUGUGUGAGUAAUCCCUUUUCAGAUUUGCCAAGCUGGAGUUUUCAAAACAGUAAGGGAAAGCUCCAAAUCUGUCUGUACAAAAUAAUCAUGUAUUUAAAAAAUGGGUGAAACUUAGGAGAUAAGAAUGAAAGUAAUUUAUUUUACUGGGUCUGUGAAAUGUUAUUGAUGCUGAAUUCAUGAUGACACAAUGAAUUCCAUAUGUUAAUCACAUGGACCCUUGUGACUGUAGGUCACUGAUGCCCAAACAGAAUGUCAGAAGAGGGUAGCUUGGGCCUCCUUAACAUCCCUCAAACAGCAGACAUAUGUUACUCAUUCAAUAACUGCCCGGGAAUGUGCAACUCCGUUGAGUCUGAACUCAGUAUCACACAAAGUGAAGCUGCUUUAUGCCAAGUUAUUGUAUCUCAUGUGAAAUGGAUAUGUGUGUGAAAUGGCAUGGCUUUGACAUUCUAUAUGUCUGUCGUGUUAUGGAUGGAAUUGGUUGCUAUCAUUAGAGGAGCUCUGGGGCUUUCUGGCUAUCGUGUUCCCCUUGGUGGUGAUCUCCAUUUUUUCCAGUUCACUGUGAACCUUGCGUUUUGAACUGUGCUGACCACAUGGCAAAUCAGCUGUCUCUCUGCUGUUAUUUUUCCACUGGCAGUCAAGAAGCUGCUUGGAUGUUCAUUCACUAGUUAACCCUCAAACAGCUAGCUCAGGUUUUUGCCCUUUGUUCUGCAAAUAAAGGUGUAAUGCCUUCAAUGAACAAGUACGGGACAUGGAGUUUGGUCAUCAAUGACUGGAUUGGAAAACAUACAACACUCCUUCCUGUGCUGACUGCCUCUGAACAGCUGUUCAUGUUCCAAGUCACUCGUGAUUGAGGAGCAAGGUGAUGGCCUAACAUUACCUCCUUAUCAUAACACCUAUUCUAUACAUUGUCUUCACCUGCAUGGGAUCUCCUAUGUAUUACCCUGCAGGUAAUUUUCUUUUGAGGGGAACCUUGUUAACUAAUUCAUAUUACUUCAUAAUGGCCCCCGUAAGGAGGCCAGAUUGUAAAAGCCCAGUCUGGAAUUUACCCAGGAAAACAGGAUUAACACCACUCCUCUUAUGAACAGUGCCAUGGGAUCAUUAAUUAGAAAUAUGUCAGCAACCAUAUCUCCCUGCAGCUCACAACUGACAUCUCACUGAAGCUAAGCAGGUGUGAGUACCCGGAUGGGAGACUUCCUUGGAAAACUUAACUGCUGGGGGCCAUUAGGGGGCGCAUUCCCCGCAGUCUGUGUGGGUCCUAAUGCGCCAGUAUAGUGACAGGGACACUAUAUACAUACAGUACAGUGUCCCUGCAUAG